AGCAAGACAUAGAAGCAUUGAAGGCCAUCCUGUGACUGCAGUCGCGCAGAGGAUUGGAGGAGGGGAAUCGCUCACGAAGGGAGGGAGGGAUUGGAGGACAGAGUUGCGAGGCAAACCAGGAUCACAUGAGCAAAGAUCUGUUUACAAACUGAAACUGUGCAGCCAGGAAAGACGCAGGAGCCUUCCUGGAGAAUAUUACUGGCUGGCCUCACUAGAACACAUCUUUAACUGCAGCUGCUUGCCUUUUGGCUCAGAUAUUUGUUGAAUGAGCUAAGGGACUAUUCAUUUUUUGGUCCACUUUACCGAUGGAAGGAUUGAGAGAGCAGAUGGUUUUAGGUGGAGAGAAAAAAUACUCCCCCACACAGGCGCACACAUAAACACUCCAGUGGCUUGAUGGUGGCGAAGAGACUGCUCUCUUCCAUUUCUAAACUGCUUGCUGUUCGAUAAAGGAAUAUACCUCAAAAAAACGAGACGGAUCGAGAGCAACGUCAAGGAGGAAGAGCUAGAAGUCUCCUGCAGUAAGGGUUUGAAGGAAGACAGAGGCCGUAGAUGGAGUCUUGUGUGUUAUGGAUGUUUAGUGCUCGCUAACCACCAUACACAGUAAUUAUUCUUAAGGAAUUUGUUAACUUUAGUGUAUGACAACACAAAGAAGACCACAUCUGCAGUGGCAUUCAGCCACAUAUGGACUGGUUCUCAGAGACAAGAAGAAUAUCAAGGGUGUAUUAUGGACCUUUUGUCUGUGUAACAAAGUACCUUGUGCAUAUUCACAUCGGCGGAGCCAAAGAGUGAUCGGAAUCUUUUGUUCUUCGAUGCUGACAUCAUAAAAGUGGGAUGAAUGGAGGAAUAAUUGAAGUAUAAUCAAGACAGCACACCCUGUCAUUUGAAAAGCUGGUCUUUAGACCCGUCUGACCUACGUUACGGGAAAUUGUCGGGAAUAAUUCAAGCUGGAAUCAAGCUUUCGGUUGUGUCCUCCAGCCCCCGCAUUGCCUGUUCCAGACAAGCAGUGAGUUUGCAGCAGUGCUUGGCGUCGGAUUACAUGCAACCAUUCCAAUGGUGUAACGGCUGCCUCUGUGGUCUAGGGCUGCAGCAUUCAGACUGUGAUAUGUCAGAAGAAGACAUCUACCGUCUGCCGCUCAAUGUCUAUGUCAUUGUACUGGGCAUAGGCAUGUUCAUCUUCAUGCUCAGUGUAAUCUUCUGCUGCUAUCUGUUCAGGUUGAAACAGCAGGGUACAAGGGAGCAGUACAGCUACAAUGAGGUGGUGUUGAAAGGCGCUGGAAAGAAACUGAGCCUGCUGGGACAGCCCUGUGCCGUAUGUCUUGAGGAAUUCAAGACUAGAGACGAGCUGGGCGUGUGCCCGUGUUCACACACCUUCCAUAAGAAGUGCCUGCUGAAAUGGCUAGAGAUCCGCAGUGUCUGCCCGAUGUGCAAUAAACCCAUCAUGCGUCUACACAACGCUGAUGCCCCACGAGGAGCCGAGGGGCUGCAAGACCCAGAGGAGGUGUGAACCCAGAAACUGUACGGCCCACAGCCAGAUUAACACCCUCUGCGAUUGUUGGAACAUAUCACAUGAUCUGCCAAGGCUCUCCAAAGCCAUCUAUAUGCACCGCCACAGCGGACCGGAGAACGCAAGAAUCCAGGAUGACAGCGUUCAGCUUCCACUAGUGAUUCAGUACCAUAUUGCCAGUAGCCAAACUUAAGAAUAAUCUCCUAUAUAUUGUGCCACAAUAAUAAUAAUAAUAAAGUAGUAUUGUGCCGAGGUUCUAAAGUGAGAGAUACAACGUGCAUGCUGGGUAACAGACGUCAAAAUGAGAGGUUAAAAUCUCAGGAGUUUGCCUCAGGGGCUCUAACCAGGCAACAAAAGAAAACAUUAAACUUAGGCAAUUAAAAUUCUGCUGUCAAUGGACAGUCGUAUAUAUGCGAUAAUAGGGUUGUAGGUUUGUCUGUUUGACUGGUACUACGGUCUUCUUGAAGAUCCUGCGUAGUCCUUACAGAAAUAUUAAAUAUAUAAUCAGUAACCAGCAGUUCUUAUCCAAUAUCGUGUUCAUUGUUUGAAUUGGUCCCUUUUGAUUGUUAUUUUGUAUUGUUUGUUUUUCGAAUAAAAUGUCAUGUUUUUGUGGUUAA